GUGAGCCCAUUUGCCCGUGAUUAUAAUGUGGUUUCCCUCUAUCCCGGUCCCUAAAUACAGCUUUCAAGAUUUUGGUCUUGUUUUCCGUUCCUCUUCAGGAGUAUUUAAAGAGUGGACAGCAGCUUAACGUAUAUCCUACAGAAAACGGCUGAAGUCCUUUAUAAUAAUGUCUCGUCGAAAGCAAGCGAAGCCCAGACCUCUGAAAGGUCAGGAUGACAAGUUAAACAUUAAGGAAGAUGGCGAGAGUGUGGGGAAGCAGUGUUGCUCCUGGGAAAGGAAAAAAGAGAGGAAUGAUGGGGGGGAAACAUUUAGACAAGAGAAGGAUGAAGGUGUGAAUGAACCUAAGUGUGCAGAGAGCAUACAGGUGUCGGAAUCCUUCACCCCGCAGAAACUGAAGUACUGCCACCGUUCAGAAAAGCCUAAUAUUGAGGAAGAUCCAAUUUGUUGCUUGGCUUUGCCUCUUACCUCUGGUCACUCCUCCCCUGACCAUGAAGAUGGAUUUGACCUUGGAUUUAAAGUGGAAGAUCUGCCAAAAUGCACCAGUGGAGAGAAAUAUAAAAAUUAUCAGAGGGUAAACGCCCCUUUGCCUGGCAACAGUUUAGUUCCUAUUGAAAUAUCCCAAAUGCAUAUCAUCAGUGAGGCCCUCACAAACAGCAAGCAGGGAUUCAGUGACGGAUAUGAUCAGGUUAGUGCAAUGUCCCCUCAACAUCUCUCCAUUCUAAAUGAUUCACAGAAUAAUAAGGAGGACUUUGAGAACAGGCAGCCUCCAAAUAUUGCCACUCCACACUCUAGCUUCUCCAGUCAAGCCAAUCCAAUGGCAUUUAAACGAAUGGCUCCUUGUGCAGAAAAGCGAAAGUCUCCGUUUGUGUCAAACAAUUCUUUUGGAAUCCAAUUCACCAAAAAGCUCAAGGUUUUCAAUAAUUGUGUUCAUUGUCACAACCACACAGACUCCAGAACGUGUCAGCAGACCCAACACAAGGAUAUGGACAAGGAGAUCCACUCUAGUCAAAUCGGUUCUGACAUUCCAACUUUUCCUUCUGAGUUAAAAGAACACCAGAAAGAGGCAAAUGUGUUACUUGGCCAUGCGGUGGUGCUUGAAGCAGAGAUUACUGCUGCAGUUCAGACGGUCCUUCAGUGUCGCUUUUGUCCAAAAACUUUAAAGAACAUGAAAGCACUUCAAGAGCAUGUUCGCCAGUCACACAACUCAAUAUCUGAGAUCAAUAGCAACGUCUUCUUUUGCUCGCAGUGCUUUAGGGGAUUCCUGACAAAGGACACACUUGAUAAUCAUGUGCAGCAGACUCAUUGUAAAAAGAGCUUGUCAGUUGAUCCAGAUCUCUCAAAAGAAGCCGCAGAAAGAAAGGCUUUGCUCUUCUGUUCCGACUGCACAAAUUUGCCUACCUUCAGCAGUAAGCAAAAACUGAUGCAGCAUAUCAAAAAGACACACAAGAAUAUGCACUUGAUGAAACUUCAAUCGGAAAAGAGGACACAGAGUCCGACUUCGCCUCAGUCAAUCAAGUGUCCAGUCGAAAAAACUGGCAAGAGUGCUCUUCCAUCAACCAACUUCAUAUGUGACCAUUGUGGGGCUAAGUAUACCAGUCUGGAUCUGUUUCAAACUCACUUGAGUUCUCACCUCAAAAGUAUGCUUCCAAAACUUACUUGUCCAGAGUGCUUCAAGAACUUCCCUAACCAGGACUCUUUGAACGAACAUGCAAUGGCUCAUUUCAACAAUACAUCCACUCUCUACACCUGUGAGAGCUGCAGUAAGACCUUUAUCAGUGUCAAAGACUUGCAUGGACACCUUCUAGAGAUGCACACUCUUGAGUUUUACCGCUGCUCCCUUUGCCAGCAGGUAUUCAGCUCUAAGGUGUCCAUUCAGGUUCACCUGGCCUCCAAGCACAGUACCAAGAGAACAGCGUUCCACUGUACAUCCUGUGAAUGGGACUGUACGCAAGAGCAUGACUUACAUGUGCAUGUUAAACAGAAACAUCUGGACCAACAAUGCAAGUUAUACUGUUGCAUCUUCUGUUCAGAAUCCUUUAACACAGACAUUGAGUUACAGUGUCAUAUCACCACACAUAGUGACAAAAGCAGUCCGUGCCUUACCAAGAGCAACUCUCCCCUCGAGGUGCCCUUACAUGAGAAGCUCUGUGCCAAGAGUCAGGGCACUGAAGGUAACAACGUGACCCCUCCACCUGUCUCUGAAUCAGUUGCCAAGGACAGCACUGGAAUUCUGCCAAUGAAUAACGAAAUAAGAGACAGUAAGGUGGAAUCACUGCUAUGCUCUCCCGCUGAAAGCAAAGGAAAGGUGAGUAGGAGUGAUUGGAUGUUUGCCUGUGAAAUCUGUGGUGCCUCGUACACCAUGCAGUCCCUGCUCGCUAACCACCAGCUGCGAGAUCACCACAUCCAGCCUGGGGAGAGUGGCACUCUGAGGCGCAAAGUGGAGGCAAUCCGAGGGAGCCACAAAUGCAAAGACUGUUCCAAAACAUUCUUCACUGAGAUGGCACUGUGGGAGCAUGUCCAGACUCAUCUAGGCCCCACCAAGAACUGCCAAUGCCCCAUCUGUGGAGAGCGCUUUCCCUCACUGCUAACUCUGACUGAACACAAGGUCACCCACAGCAGGAGCUUGGACACUGGCAACUGCCGCAUCUGCAAGCUUCCUCUUCACAGUGAGGAGGACUUCCUGGAACACUGUCAGAGGCACCCAGACCUGCACAACUCACUGACAGGCUUUCGCUGUGUAGUGUGCAUGCAAACUGUCACCUCCACUCUCGAGCUGAAAAUUCAUGGAAGUUUCCACAUGCAGAAGGUCCAGGUCAAUGAUCUGACCAGCAGCUGCACAGAUCACUCCGACCUUCAUCCUGACCUUCAAAUCUUCCCAAGGGUUGAAAUGGUGAAUGUUAGUAGUCUUGAGCCGAGAAAAGACAACAAGACUAACAUUUCUGUAGUCAACUGUUGCUCGACUACAGCUCUCAUACCAGAGGAGAGAAGCAAUAAGAAUGCUCUCACCCAGGCCACAAAGCCGGUUCCCGGCUCCUCCUUGCCCAUCCUUACCCAUUACAUUGGUGCCGAAACCCAGGAAGGAGGAGGGAUGCGCUGUCAUGGAGUCCAUGCUGCUGCUGUCUGCCAGGGGACAGAGGAGUCGCUGCCGGCCGCCGGAAGUCAGAGGAACAGCUGCCGUCUGCCAGUAAGGGGAGGAGCCGUUCCAUCCGCAAGGGCUCGGAGGACUCACUGCCAUCCGCCAAGGGAGGAGCGGCUGUCGUCCUCCAGAGGGCGGAAGAGUGGCUGAGGACCAGGCGACGGCGUGUCCGAGGACUGGCAAGCGAGUUUUUCUCAUCUCUCUCUGUCUCUCCCCCUCGCUCUUUCCCUCUCCCCUCUUCCUUCCCUCAUCUCUCCCAGGGCUCCAGAGAGGUGGGGAAGACUUACCGGCAGAAGGACGGCCAGAAGGACAACACCUCCCCUCCAGGAAGGGAGGGGAAUACAUCAUGCCGAAAGUUUCCCCGGCCUGAGUCGGGCAGUGGAGGAGUGUGACAAGGAGGAGGGUGUGGCCGAGCCGUGAGGACACACCCCCGGUCCUGAAUUGUUCUAAUCAGCCGGGAGGGGGAUAAAGACGAGCCGGAGGCACUAGUUCGAGAGAGAGAGACACGCGGCCCCUGUGUGUGUGUGUGUGUGUGUGUGUGUGUGUGUGUGUGUGUGUGUUUAAGUUGGUUUAAGUUGAUUUAUUUCAUUAAAAGUUUUGUUGACUGCUCAGCCGGUUCCCGCCUCCUCCUUGCCCAGCCUUACCCGUUACAGUGCUGUAUAGCCAAAUGAUGUAAACAUUAUUUGUGUUAACAUGAUUUUAGUGUGAUUCAGUCAAGAAUUUACCAGCGUUACACCGUUUACCAGAUUACAGGGUUUAUCGGCAUUACAUCGAUGAAGUUGUAAUAUUGGAUGCAACUUUACACAGAAAAGGUAAGUGAUUUUAUCACACUAAUAUCAUGUUAAUAAGUAUAAUGUUUACAUCUUGUGGCUAUACAUUCAUUGAGCAAUUUAUUAGGAACAACUGUACACCUACUUAUUCAUGCGAUUAUUUAAUCAACCAAUUGUGUGGCAGCAGUGCAAUGCACUUCACAGAGCUUCAGUUAAAUUUUCACAUCAACCAUCACAAUGGGGGAAAAAAUUUGAUCUCAGUGAUUUUGACCGUGGCAUGAUUGUUGGUGCGAGACGGGCUGGUUUGAGUAUUUCUGUAACUGCUGAUCUCCUGGGAUUUUCACACACAACAGUCUAUAGAAUUUACUCAGAAUGGUGCCAAAAACAAAAAACAUCCAGUAAGGGGCAGUUUUGUGGAUGGAAAUGCCUUGUUGAUGAGAGAGGUCAACAGAGAAUGGCCAGACUGGUUCGAGCUGACAGAAAGGCUACGGUAACUCAGGUAACCACUCUGUGCAAUUGUAGUGAGCAGAAUAGCAUCUCAGAAUGCACAACAUGUUGAACCUUGAGGCGGAUGGGCUACAACAGCAGAAGACCAUGUCUGACACUUUAUUAGGACCAUAGUGUUCAUAAUAAAGUGCUCAGUGAGUGUACUUUUGAAACAGUGUGUAUUUUAAUGUUUUUGGACUGGCCCCAUUGAUUUCCAUUGUAAAUUAAUUUCUGUAACUGUAGUUUUAGCUCAUUUCUAAGUAAUCGAAGGACAAGCCCAAAUAAUUUUUUGUGGUAAUCAACAAGCAAAAAAAUACUGUCAAUUGAGCUUAACAUGCAUUGAACCCCACACAUUAUUUAAGGGAUAGUUCACCCAAAAAUGGAAAUUCUGUCGUCAUCUACAAUACUUAACCUCAUGUUGUUCCAAACCCAUAUAACUUUCUUUCUACCAUAAAAUGCAAAAGGAAAUUUUAGGCAGAAUGUUAGGCUCUGUCACCAUUAACUUUCAUUGUAUCUUUUUUCCAUUCAACAAAAGAGAAUGGUGAUCAAAUCAGUUCCUAAAGUCAUACGGGUUUGGAACAACAUCAAUUUUUGGGUGAACUAUCCUUUUAAGCCUUAAAAGUGUGAACUUGAAGACAUUAAAAAGAUGUUUUGGAGAUGCUACGUUUUCUUCCUCUCUGUUAUUAAUAUACAUUGGACAGUUCUGAGGUUCUGAACUUUUCUUUUUCAAGAUUCAAGAGAUUUAAUACAGGCACAUUUGGAUUCUUUCCUCCCUUUGUUAAGUUUAUGAUAAAUCCUUGUGUUAAGAAAUGGAACUGGAUCUUUGGUGGAUCUUGGCUAUCUAGACUGUAAUGAGUUGCUGAUGACUGAAGCUGCAGAUGCACAGAGGGGAGGAAAAGAGGAUGAGAUUUGUGGGCAGGGGGACUUGAUGUUUUGAGGGAGAGAGUCAUUAGGAAUGUUCUAUCUAAUUGAAAUCUGUGCAGUCCUCUUGGUAAAUGUUAUGGAUUAGAUGUGGGGCUUUUGGGCUAUUACAUCUGAUAAUCACCAAACAAUUUUUAAUGUUAUAUUUUUAUUAAGCAUUUUUAUUUAUUUUUUAGUAAUGUAGUUUUGUCUCUCCAUUUUUAUCAUUUUAAUCCAGUCUAAUUUUCCAAAUUUCAGUUAUUUGUCUUGUUCUAUAAUGUAUAAGAUGUUCUAUAGCAAAAAAUAAAAUUGUCUUUGUGAGUAAAUGUGCAUGCAGGUGUGGGAAUUUGUUUGUUUGUAUUUUCCAAGUCUCCAUUAUAGAUAUAUAUGAAAAAAAAAAUUAAAAAGCCUUGGUAUGUUUUUAUUGUCUGUCCUGGUUUAAUCUGGAGCAGUGCAUUGAUCAGUGUAGUUUUCCCAGUCUUGGUUAAAACCUUAACAAUUAAUGAAAAAUAUAGUAAUUUUAUAGUCUCCUAGUCCUUAUUUAGCAACUUGUGAGGAACAUACAGUUGUGCUCAAAAGUUUGCAUACCCUGGCAGAAAUUGUGAAAUUUUGGCAUUGAUUUUGAAAAUAUGACUGAUCAUCCUUUUAUUUAAGGAUAGUGAUCAUAUGAAGCCAUUUAUUAUCACAUAGUUGUUUGGCUCCUUUUUAAAUCAUAAUGAUAACAGAAAUCACCCAAAUGGCCCUGAUCAAACGUUUACAUACCCUUGAAUGUUUGGCCUUGUUACAGACACACGAGGUGAUACACACACAGGUUUAAAUGGCAAUUAAAGGUUAAUUUCCCACACCUGUGGCUUUUUAAAUUGCAAUUAGUGUCUGUGUAUAAAUAGUCAAUGAGUUUGUUAGCUCUCACGUGGAUGCACCGAGCAGGCUAGAUACUGAGCCAUGGGGAGCAGAAAAGAACUGUCAAAAGACCUGCGUAUCAAGGUAAUGGAACUUUAUAAAGAUGGAAAAGGAUAUAAAAAGAUAUCCAAAGCCUUGAACAUGCCAGUCAGUACUGUUCAAUCACUUCUUAAGAAGUGGAAAAUUCAGGGAUCUCUUGAUACCAAGCCAAGGUCAGGUAGACCAAGAAAGAUUUCAGCCACAACUGCCAGAAGAAUUGUUCGGGAUACAAAGAUAAACCCACAGGUAACCUCAGGAGAAAUACAGGCUGCUCUGGAAAAAGAUGGUGUGGUUGUUUCAAGGAGCACAAUACAACGAUACUUGAACAGAAAUGAGCUGCAUGGUCGAGUUGCCAGAAAGAAGCCUUUACUGCGCCAAUGCCACAAAAAAGCCCGGUUACAAUAUGCCCGACAACACCUUGACACGCCUCAUAGCUUCUGGCACACUGUAAUUUGGAGUGACGAGACCAAAACAGAGCUUUAUUGUCACAACCAUAAGCGCUACUUUUGGAGAGUGGUUAACAAGGCCUAUAGUGAAAAGAAUACCAUCCCCACUGUGAAGCAUGGUGGUGGCUCACUGAUGUUUUGGGGGUGUGUGAGCUCUAAAGGCACGAGGAAUCUUGUGAAAAUUGAUGGCAAGAUGAAUGCAGCAUGUUAUCAGAAAAUACUGGCAGACAAUUUGCAUUCUUCUGCAUGAAAGCUGCGCAUGGGACGCUCUUGGACUUUCCAGCACGAUAAUGACCCUAAGCACAAGGCCAAGUUGACCCUCCAGUGGUUACAGCAGAAAAAGGUUCUGGAGUGGCCAUCACAGUCUCCUGACCUUAAUAUCAUUGAGCCACUCUGGGGAGAUCUCAAAUGUGCAGUUCAUGCAAGACGACCAAAGACUUUGCAUGACCUGGAGGCAUUUUGCCAAGACGAAUGGGCAGCUAUACCACCUGCAAGAAUUUGAGGCCUCAUAGACAACUAUUACAAAAGACUGCACGCUGUCAUUGAUGCUAAAGGGGCAAUACACAGUUUUAAGAAAUAAGAGUAUGCAGACUUUUGAACAGGGGUCAUUUCAUUUUUUUCUUUGUUGCCAUGUUUUGUUUUAUGAUUGUGCCACUCUGUUAUAACCUACAGUUGAAUAUGAAUCCCAUAAGAAAUAAAAGAAAUGUAU